CAUCCAACGGUAAUUUGAUCAGUCACAUGCAAAUUCCCAGCUUCUGUUUGGAUCGUUGAUAUGCUAGUAUUUUCUCAUCAAUCGUCGACAUGUGUUCGCAAUCUGAAGUAAAGCCGGCUUCACAGUAGGGAUACAGGUGUAUUAGGGGCAUUGUCGGUUAUGCCUUGGGUGUAUAUUUAUGCAUAGUGUAGUAGUAGCGAAUGUAUAAGGCAGGAGAAGAAGGGAAGGGGAGUAGGGUCUUGGGCCUAAGGCCCCUCUCACCUGCCACCCCACUUAGUGGCUUUAAGUGGGGAGACCUGGGGUCACAUUCCAAGAUGGCUGUACCUUAGGAAUGCAGUGGGUGCCCCCCUUAGACGCCUUCCUUUCCCCCUUUUUUAAUCAACUCAAUAGAUUCAUAAUAUCAAAAACAAACCGUUCAACUUUUACACCCUAAUGACGACUUCUACACUAAAUUGUGAUUGUGGAGAAGAUUGCUGACUGUGCAAAGUGAAUUACUACCAAAGUAUUAAACUAGUUGACAAGACUUAAGGCCCUGGAAGAGGGCCUUAUCUAAUGGACCCCCUCUGUCUCAGAUAAUGCCCAUGAAAGAGGAUGCUACCGGCUCGUCUUAAACAAUGUCUCAUAGGGAUAUCUCUGAGGUGGAGCCCGAAGGUACGUCGGCCCUGGCUGCUGGAUCUCGGGCUCUCUUUCUGGAAACAGUGCACAGAAGUAACGCGGCAUGCCAGAAUGGAGACUAUCCCCUAGCUGCCACUCUAUACUCGGAAGCUCUUGCUUUAGAUCCUCUCAGUCACGUGUUGUACUCGAACAGAUCUGCAGCUCGCUUAAAGAUGGGACAAUUUGCUCUAGCUUUACAAGAUGCAGUAAGAGCAACGGAACUUAAUCCCCAAUGGCACAAAGCAUACUAUCGACAAGGGGUAGCACUUCAGUGCUUAGGAAGGCAUGGAGAAGCUUUAGCCGCUUUUAGCGCUGGCCUGGCACGUGAUUCAUCCAAUUGCCAACUACUGUCUGGCUUAGUGGAAGCUUCAUUAAAAUCUCCUUUACGCACGACCUUAGAACCAACUUUUCAGCAGCUUCGUGCAAUGAAACUGGAUGAAUCGCCGUUUGUAGUUAUAUCUGUUGUUGGGCAAGAGUUACUAGGAGCUGGACAAUAUCGUGCAGCAGCUGGUGUCUUAGAAGCAGCUUUAUCUAUCGGAACAUGUAGCCUAAAACUCAGAGGUUCCGUGUUCUCUGCCUUAUCAAGCGCUUAUUGGGCUCUCAAUUCGUUGGAUAAAGCAAUUGGCUACAUGCAACAAGACUUGGGUGUUGCACGCUCAUUGGGUGAUACUCAAGGUGAAUGCAGAGCACAUGGCAACCUUGGCUCUGCAUACUUUAGUAAAGGCAGUUUUAAGGAAGCUUUAACAGCUCAUCGAUAUCAACUGGUUCUAGCCAUGAAAUGUAAAGAUACGCAAGCAGCUGCAUCAGCGCUAACAAGCUUAGGACACGUUUAUACAGCUAUCGGCGAUUUGCCAAAUGCUUUAGCAUCUCACAAGCAAUGCGUUCAAUUAGUGAAACAGAUGGCAGAUCGUCUUCAGGAGGCAAGAGAAAUUGGUAACGUGGGAGCAGUUUAUUUAGCAAUGGGAGAAUUUGAAAGUGCAGUCGACUGCCAUACUCAACAUUUAAGGAUCGCCCGUCGUCUAGGAGAUAGAGUUGAAGAAGCUAGAGCUUUUAGUAAUCUGGGAUCUUCGCAUCACUACAGAAGAAAUUUUGGUCAAGCUAUGGCAUACCAUGAAAAUGUUUUAAGAAUAGCUCAGGAGUUGGGUGAUAGAGUUGUAGAAACACGAGCUUAUGCUGGACUAGGUCAUGCUGCAAGAUGCGCAGGUGAUCUUGCACAAGCAAAACUAUGGCACCAGAGACAACUGGAUGUUGCCUUGGCAACAAAAGAUAAGGUGGCAGAAGGGCGGGCUUGUAGCAAUCUGGGAAUAGUGUAUCAACUGCUAGGAGAACACGACGCUGCAUUGAAACUUCAUCAAGCCCAUCUAGGUAUCGCCAGAGCUCUUGGAGAUACCGCAGGAAUGGGAAGAGCGUAUGGAAACAUUGGUAAUGCGUACAAUGCAUUGGGGUACUAUGAACAGGCAAUAAAAUACCACAAACAAGAGUUGACGAUUAGUAAAGAGGUCAAUGAUCGCAGUUCUGAAGCGAGCACUCAUGGAAAUUUAGCAGUAGCAUACCAAGCUGUGCAAGGACAUGAAGCAGCCCUUCGACAUUAUCGCGCUCAUCUGGCGAUAGCGCGCGAAUUGAAAGAUGCGGCUGGAGAGGCUUGUGCUUUGCUCAAUCUUGCAAACUGUCUCUCAUCACGUGGCAGAUUUGAAGAAGCUGUUCCAUAUUAUGAAAACUACCUUAUGUUAUCUCAAGAACUUCAUGAUGUCGAAGGAGAGGCCAAGGCCUGCCACUUUCUGGGUUACGCACAUUAUUGCCUUGGAAAUCACAGGGAGGCAGUAAGAUAUUACGAUCAAGACCUAGCUUUGGCCAAAGAUCUUCAAGAUAAAUCUGGAAUGGGGCGAGCAUACUGCAACUUGGGGCUUGCACAUUUAGCGCUUGGAAAUUUAGACACAGCUUUGGAAUGCCAGAAAUAUUAUCUAGCCAUCGCACAUAUGACUAAACACAUGGCUGGUAAAUUCCGAGCCUUAGGCAAUAUUGGAGACUGUCUUCUACGGCUUGGUGAAGCUGAGGAAGCUAUAAAAAUGCAUCAACGUCAAUUAAGUCUUGCACGUCAAGCAGCAGACCGUAGUCUGGAAGCUGCAGCAUAUGGGGCUCUAGGUGUUGCGCAUCGAGCAACUAAGAAUUUAGAUAAGGCUUUAGGAUUUCACACACAAGAACUCACAUUGAGACAAGAAGCAGGAGACUUAAGAGGCGAAUGUCGAGCUCAUGGUAAUUUAGGUGCUGUUCACAUGGCAUUGGGUCAAUAUACACACGCUGUGAAGUGUUAUCAAGAACAAUUAGAGAGAGCAAGAGAAUUAGCUGAUUCUGGAGUUGAAGCCCAAGCGCUAGGUAAUUUAGGUAUAGCCAGACUCAAUAUGGCUCACUAUGAAGAUGCAAUCGGAUAUUUUGAGCAACAAUUAGCAACAUUAGAACCAUUAUCAACUGGCACAGCGUUACUUGAUAAAGCAAGAGCUCUAGGAAAUCUGGGUGACUGCUACGAAGCAUUGGGGGAUCCUGAAGAGGCGAUUAAAUGCCAUGAACAACAGUUGACUGCUGCUACAAGACUCAGGAGUGUUAGGGAUCAAGAACGAUCUUAUAGGGGUCUUGGAAGGGCGCGUGAAGCUCUGGGCAAUUUACAGCAGGCUUUAGUGUGUUUUGAAAAAAGAUUGGUAGCUGCACAUGAAGUUGAUAGCCCGGAAGCAAGAGGUGCUGCCUAUGGUGAUUUGGGAAGAGUACAUGCUGCAUUGGGUAAUCAUGAACAAGCUGUAAGCUGUUUAUCCCAUCAACUAACUCUUGCUAGAGGUCUGGGUGAUAGAGCUGCAGAGGCAGAAGCAGCUAGUGGACUGGGUGCGGUACAUCUUCUCAUGGAUGACCCUAGUUCAGCUCUACGACACCACCAACUAGAACUCUCUAUAGCGGAAGGUUUGGAUGCAGCUGGUUUACAAGCUAGAGCGUGUGCAAAUCUUGGAGCGACACAGGAGGCCUUAGGCCAGUUUGAAGAUGCAAUCAGAUUGCAAGAACAAUCCUUAAGUUUGGCUGCUGCAGCUGGUGAUCAACCAGCAAGAGCAGCUGCUUUUUCCAGUUUGGGGCGACUACAUCAUUUGCGCGGAGAUCUUUCACGGGCCUUAAGUUAUUUGCAAUCUGGUCUUUCGUUAUCCGAAGGCUUGGGACGAAGAGAAGAGGCUGCUCGCUUGAGGCACAGGUUGGGUCUGGUUCACUGGGAAGCUGGAGAAGCUACGACUUCAGUGGAACAGCUUGAAAGAGCAGCGAAUCUAUUGGAAUCUUUGGAUGGUUGCCCACCUUCUCCAUCUGGUCAACCGAGUAGAACAGAUUUGCUUUCUAACACGUAUCAAAUGUUACAAAAAGUUUUAGUAAGCUUAAACAGAGCUGAAGAAGCUCUCAAUUGGGCAGAGAGAUCCCGAAGAUGUAAAAGUAGGAACGUUGAAGAUGCCACACAUUAUUCUGAAAUAAUAGAUAGGCAGCGCGGUGUCAUAUUAUACUUCAGUGAAGCAGAAACUGAAUUACAUGCUUGGUGUUUAGCGCCAGGUCGUGGUCUGUUGAGAUUUCACUCUGCAACAUUAGAUGAUGGAAUAAGCUUAGAAAAAAGAGUUUCAAUGGCUCGUGAAGCACUACUAGGAGAAUCGAUAGAACCUUUGGAAGAAUCAGGAAAAAUGCCAUCCAGAGGACAUCGUUUAAAUGCAAGUUCUUAUAGUCUAAGUAGUUUGUUCAGUGUAGGUUCUGUGAGUUCGAGAGCUGGAAGUGCACGAUGGGGCCGAGGGAUCAAAGGACCUGUUUGGCAGGCACCAGCUCAUGUUCAAGGACUGUAUGACCUCUUACUUGCACCCUUUGAAGACCUCUUACCACCAGCACGGAAAGAACUUAUAUUAGUAGUAGAAAAAUCUCUAUACCUGGCUCCUCUACCUGCACUACAAUCGAGUCCCGGAGAAGAUUAUCUUUGUGAAAGAUUCUCCCUGUUGGUGGUUCCAUCAUUGGCUGCAUUGAGGCGGAGAUCAAGAACUCCAAUGCCAGAAGGUGGAGCAACAGUAGCUGCACUAGUAGCAGGAAAUCCAAAUUUACCUGAAGAAAUAAGAGAAGAAUAUGGCUGGCCAGAAACUGUUGUAUCGGCGGAAACAGAGACGGGAAUUGUUGCUGAGCUUCUAGAGUCUCGACCUUUGAUCGGCACUGAAGCAACAAGAUCGGCAGUUUUAAGAGCUUUACCUGAUGCGGAGUGUGUUCACCUAACGACUCCCGUUUUUUGGAAAUCUGCGAGCUUUGCUCUAACUGCAGAUCAACGUGAAGAGCCAGCUGACAAACCUGAAUAUCUAUUGAGCUGCAUGGAUAUCGCAAGACUGAGAUUAACAGCUCGUUUAGUUGUGAUAUCGAGUGGACAUUGCUGGAGUGGUGUUGAGAAUACGAGUGCAAGUUCGGAUGGCAUUCAACAAAUGGUGAAAACCUUGCUGAGUGCUGGCGCACAAUGCGUAUUGAUAGGAAUGUGGCCUGUUCCACCAACAGCGGGAAGUAUUCUAUUGAGAGCAUUCUAUAGCGCAAUGUUACAAGGCGCUAGAGCUUCUAGAGCACUGGCUGAGGCCAUGCAGACUGUACAACAUACGAGGCAUUUUGCGCAUCCUGCUAACUGGGCAGGUUGGCUCCUUCUCGGAGGAGAUGCCAGACUAUCGAAUAAGGUAGCUCUAAUGGGACAAGCACUAGCAGAACUUUUACGAAGUGGUCCAGAUCAGAGUAGAGAUGCUUUGAGAGUAACGCUACAUUUAGUUGAGAAGUCUCUGCAGAGAAUACACAGAGGCCAAAAGAACGCGAUGUAUACGACCCAGCGUAGUAUUGAAAAUAAAGUUGGUGAAGCUGCUGGCUGGAGAGAAUUACUGAUGUCAGUAGGGUUUAGAUUUGAACCAGCAGGCAAUGGCAUUCCAUCAUCAGUAUUUUUCCCACAAAGUGAUCCCGAAGAAAGGUUGACUAGAUGUAGUGCCAGCUUGCAGGCACUUCUAGGGUUGGGUCCUGCUUCUUUACAUGCUCUUGUCAGGUUGUUACAGGUACCUGAAGCUGCAGAGGAUGUAAUUUCAGCUAUGCGAAGAGCAAGCUGCGCAACAGAAGGGCAAGAAGUUAGCUUACCAGUAAGAGUGUGGAGGGCUGCAGGAUCUCACGAAUUAUUUGCUAGUUUGGGUUUCGAUUUGAUGGAAGUUGGCCAAUCAGAGGUUACAUUAAGAACUGGAAAACAGGCUUCUCGUCGAGCUGUGCAGUUUGCACUACAAGCUUUACUUGCACUAUUUGAUACGCAGGAGGCUCCUAAAAGUCUCAGCCUGGAUUCGAGUAGCUCAAUGGAGAGUUUGGCUUCAGUGGCACAAACUGAGAAAAUUCCUCCAGAUCCACCUAGAUUAGGAGGGGCAUUCGCAAGCUAUGUACGUCAUCGUGGAGAACCAGAUGGAAAAACAACCGAAGCACCUAGUAUUCCGAUUACUCAACCAUCUCGUAGUAACUGUGGAGGAGAAUCGGAUGCUGCUUUUACACCUAGCCCACCAGUUGCACUAAAUUUAAACCACCAAACCCGUAUAAGAAACUUAUAUGCGGAUCAAAAUGCUCGACCUGGCUCUAGUUCCAGCAGUUCAGCAACAGACUGGGAAAGCGGACAUGCUACUGUGUUACGCCGUCAACCACUUCCACCACUACCUGCUACCGUUUUAGAAAGACUGAGUGUAAGAACAGAAAUUGGAACUAGUUCGCCCAGAAAACCUCGUCAUCCUACUUCCAAUGAGGACAUCAACCCACAGACUGAAAGUUCUCAACCAUCAGAAGCCCACCCCCAUAAUUUAAGAAACCUAGCAACAUCACUAACUAGUUUAACUCGCGAAUUAACUCCUACUAUCUCAGAAGUAUAUCAUGAACGAAAUCUAGGCCUAGGCUUAGCUCCAUCCUUGUCUAAGCUUCUUGAAGAAGUUGGUUCUGGGCAAGAAAAUGAUCAAAAUCAGAUUCCAAGCCCAACCCACAGCCAGACGCAAAAUUGGUUGCAAAACGAACCAGAAUUAUGUCGAAGAGACGAAGCAGAUGGAAGAUCAAUAGCCGAAUCCCAGUACAGUGCGACAAGCUCCAAUAAAAUACAUAGGAAGGCUCCCCCACCCCCAGUAUAGAUUAUUUAUGUUGUGUUUGUUGCACAUUGAGAAUUCCACAUGGAGGAAAUUGUUGAAUAUUAGAAAUAGUAUGAAAUUAAAUAUAUUAGUUAAAUAUAUCACAAAUAGCAUCAAUUUCGUGUCUAUACAAGUAAGUACAGUAGUAAAAAAUAUAAACUAGAAAAUUUUACUAUAGUAGUCCAAAAACCAUACCAAGCAAUAUUAUUGAAUGACUGAUAGUAAGUUAGUACUGUACAAAUGCAUGCAAUGUGUUGGGGCUGUAAUGAUAAAGCUCUAGUAUUCAACGUUUUUUUCUGCAAUCUCAAGUGCAAAAUAUGUACUAUAGUAUCGAUAAGACUUCUGUAUGUAAGAUAUUAUGUAUUAUGAUUACUAAAAUAAAUUUGAUCAUCUCA